GUGUGUGUGAGAGCGAGAGCUCGCUGGAGAAGGAGAUGUAGAGAGGGGGUGGGGAUGGAAGGACCUGGAUGGGGCCGAGAUAUUGUCUCCUCCUGGAUGCUGUCUGUCCCCUUCAUGGCUUUUUCUGUCCUUUCACCAGCGUGUCCCCGAGAGCCGGGCCCGACACACGGACCAGCAGCACUCAGCAGCCACGGAGCCGGGAAUGAAUCAGCCCCAACAAAGAGCCUUUGAGAUGGCAGUGUGCGCUUGUGCCUGGAGGGAGGAACGCAUCAGGCUUUCCCAGGCAAGCGGCAGCCUGCAGUGCUCGCUCUCUUAAGGGCCAGUCCUCUCAUGUCCUCGUGUGGGUGCAUGUGUGUGUGUGCAUAAGUGGUGUCACAAACCAGUGUACACCAGUGUGUAUGUGCCCACUCUUGCUUUCAACCUUUCCUGGAGGAGAGUGGCUUCCCCCGUCACUGGACAGUACGGGAUUCUUUGACGCGGGGAGGCUGCCUCUCUUGAGGACGUGAGGAUGUUUCGCAAGAAGAAAAAGAAGAGGCCUGAAAUAUCAGCGCCCAAGAACUUUGAGCAUCGUGUCCAUACCUCAUUCGAUGCCAAGCAUGGUUGCUUUGUAGGCUUGCCCACACAAUGGCAAAGCUUGAUAGAGAACCUGCGCAGGCCCCGGCCCGUGGUGGACCCUUCCAGGAUUACGGAAGUGGAGCUACGGCCGAAGAAGACCAUUGUGCGUGGGAGCAUGAUCGGUCAUGGAGACUACAUCGCAGCCAUGAUCAACGACAUGAGCCGCCUGUCCGUGACCAGCUCCAAUUCUCUGCGGAAGAGCAGUCCCUCAGCCAGGAAACGGGCCCAGUCUUUGGGAAGGCUAGGAGAGGUGAAUGAGGGAGACACAUACCAGUACGAAGGCCUGAUUCAGGAUGAUGAAGAUGAUGAGGAUGCGGCUCAGGAUCAGUGGAGGGACAAAGCGAGGAACAUCCACAGUGAGACCAACACCCCCUAUUUGGGCAUGAAGAAGAGCAUCACUUUGCAGCCCAAUGGGAUCUUACCCAAAACGACAUCCACAUAUGAAGUCAGUGGCGGCCCCCUGGAGGGACCUUCUCAAACAGGCCAGAACAUCACAGUGCAAAGUCACGGCUCUUAUAUGGGCGCUGACGUGGGCAGCCCUCAGGAGAGAGUGAUAUGGAAGAGAGAUUUCCAGCUUCCCAGGGGAAUGCCACCAAAUCAAAUACCUGUCGCCUGUUUCUAUAGCCCAGCUAUGAGUGUGCAGCAGCACCAAGAUCAGGUCGCAGUCCCCACGGAGCUCCGGCCGAGUGUACCAAUGUACAUGCACCCCCAGAACAGCCCGGGGAGGCCUUUUUCCUCCUAUGACCUGAAAACGGAUUCAGCAGUGAGAUACCACUCCGGCUUCUUGCCAACAGGCACUAGCAGUCCUCUUGUGAGCGGCAUCCGACCUCAGCGGACUGUGCGUUCCUCAGCGAGUUACACUUUAGGACUGUCCCCCAAUAUUGGACUCAGGCCCAAUGGACCGGAGCCUUUUCUUCGACAUUCUGGGUGCCCUAAUCCUCCUUACCCGCGUCAGGACAGCCCAUCUCAACCCCGGCCCUCCCCUACAGGUUCUUUAGCCACUAGCCCCCCAGGUACAUGCUCACCUGCCUUCAGACCCCCACACCCGUCACCCAGGCCACCGCCAGACCCUCCAAAGGUGACCCAUGAGCAGUUCAAGGCUGCCCUUCAGAUGGUAGUGGAUAAGGGCGAUCCACGAUCUUAUCUGGAGAACUUUGUGAAAAUUGGGGAAGGUUCCACGGGAGUGGUGUGCAUCGCCACGGAGAAGCAUAGUGGCCGGCAGGUGGCUGUGAAGAUGAUGGACCUGCGACGACAGCAGAGGAGAGAGCUGCUCUUUAAUGAGGUGGUCAUCAUGAGGGACUAUCAGCACAGAAAUGUCGUGGAGAUGUAUAAAUCUGCUUUGGUAGAGGAAGAACUGUGGGUUAUCAUGGAGUACCUGCAGGGGGGAGCACUAACCAACAUUGUGUCUGAAACCAGGCUGGGUGAAGAGCAGAUUGCCACAGUGUGUGAAGCUGUUUUGCAAGCUCUGGCCUAUCUCCAUUCCCAAGGAGUCAUCCACAGGGACAUCAAGAGUGACUCAAUACUACUCACAUUGGAUGGAAGGGUCAAACUGUCCGACUUUGGCUUCUGUGCUCAGAUCAGUAAGGACAUCCCCAAGAGGAAGUCUCUGGUGGGAACACCCUAUUGGAUGGCUCCUGAGGUCAUUUCCAAAUCGCCAUACGGCACCGAGGUGGAUGUUUGGUCCAUGGGUGUCAUGGUGGUGGAGAUGGUGGAUGGAGAGCCGCCAUACUUCAGUGAAACCCCUGUUGCUGCUAUGAAGAGACUGAGAGAUGAGCCAGCACCGACUGUACGAAACGUCAACCAGGUGUCCCCGGUUCUUAAAGACUUCCUGGACCGUAUGCUGACGAGGGACCCCCUUGAGCGGGCCAGUGCCACUGACCUGCUGGAGCACCCCUUCCUGCUGCAGAGCGGCUCACCUCAGUGCCUGGUCCCCUUGGUGGAGCAGUACCGCAAACGUAUGUCCCGCUGCUGACCCCGUGGUGCCCCCCCCUACGACCCUUCCGUCCAAUCAGGUCCCGGAUGUGGACCAACUCGGUGUAUCAAGUCUUCGUGUAUCCUCGUCAGGGCUGUGAGCUUCACGGAUGAAAACCAAGGCAGCAUGGAGGACGAGCACAUGUUGCAAGACACCGCAUGGUUUUUUGGGGCAUGUGAGAAGCACUUUAGGAGUGAGUUAAAGGCAGCAUGCAAUCACUCACCUCUCAACUCAGUCACAACACUGAUUGACUUCCUUUGACUUUCCGUGGGCUUCAAAAACACACACAAACACGCAAAGAUGGUGCAUAUCAAGUCAAAAUUCCACGUAACUUAUAUGUCAUGUGCUACUAUUAAGAAAUCUUUAUAUUUUUAUAGUGGGCAUUAUUUGCGGCGAAGUAAAGCAGUAAGCUGCAUUUCAAACCACAGCAGCAGCUGGAUGGACGUUACCUCUGCACAGUCACAGCGUUGUGGGCCGAACAAUGGCUGGGGUCUCUUCCGCACGGCCAAACGGAGGCACACCUGGCCUGAAGUGAAUGCUUGAAUAUGUACCAAACUGGGAAUGCGAAAGAGCGUCCUGUGUUAUUAGCAUAACAAGUGGUUAGAUGAAAGCCAUGCUGCUAUAUAAUGGGCUCACUGGAAAAAUGUCUUUUACACAUGUAUUUAUUUCCAACAGGUGUCGUGUGGGUUGUUUGUAUGCUGUGAAUUUACAAAUAGAGUUCCAUUGAUAAGUGAGGACCUAAAACUAAGCAGAUAAAUUAAUAAUGUAAAUAAAAUGCUGAAUAAUAGGUCCUUAUAGCUGCUUAUCUAUAUCACAGCAAAUUGUAUUAAAGUCAUUCUACUUUCUUUACAGAAAUGUGAGUGUAUAGCUAUGUGUGUAGAUAGGUGUGUGCAUGUGUGUUUGCGAGCACAUGGGGGUGUGUGGGUGAUUCCGAACCUCAGUGUUUUGAUUCCGAAACAAGCCCCUUUGUAUUGUGACUGACUUUUUAUGGACGGGGGAAAAAAAUAUGAAACACAAUCCAUUUGUUGUUCCUGAAGAUUUUUCUAGCUAAAGCACACACGCCUGGCAUGUGAUGCUGUGAGACGUCCACCUGCUGAGAAACACUUUGCACAUACACACUGGUCUUUGACUCAUGUAUUUCUAUGUGUGUGUGGGAUCAUUGAUGAAAAAGAGAAUUACACUUGAUUUUAAUUUUGUACAAACCAAAUAAAUGACGCAUAUUGAAUCUC